AGAUCGAAUAAGCGGUAGGGUGAACGUGUCAUACCAAACUACCUGACAUGCUUGUGUAUGUUUAAACAAUGAGUGAUUCCCUCAGACGUUAAUAAGAGCAAUCGAGUGGGUUUAUCGUCGGUGAUGGCCCUCUGGGGUUCUCUAAUAGGGCCCCAAGGGCCUCUUGAUGGACUAUAAAAUGGUCAGAAGUGAUUAGGUGUAAGAUAAUAGGUGUACAAAAUGUGUAUAAAAAUGCAUAUCUAAAUAUGUGAAUUUUGACAAACACUUUACCUGCUUGUACCCAUGAAUCCGUCCAAACAGUAUAAUGUUAAUUAGUUGCUCAUUACUGGCUCAAGUUGUCGAAUCAUGAAAUUCUACGACAAAAAUUAUAUAGUAGACCAGAAUAGUGCAGAGAAUUUAUUUACUUCGAAUAAUUGCUCAUACAUAUUCAACGAGAAGAUGGAAGUUUCAAGCUGUGACAAAAGUUUAGUUGAAAAGAAUAUCCAAAACGAUCAAAUUUUGGAAGAUGGCGAUUCAAAAGCAAAUCUGCUAUGUAACCAAAUUCAGUCGGACGGUUUUUCCGCAUAUCAAUCUGAAAACGAAGCGCUCAAUCCAUCAAAUGUUGCUCUAGAACUGGGCCAUGACAUUGGGAUUCAAUUACCAGACACUAACAACAUCUUAGAACCCCAAGAUAUUAUAAUUUCCGCUGGCUGUGAAAACGAAAUUUCAUUGGCAGAGGAGGUUGUCGUUCAAACAACGAACGAUAUCAACUCGUCCGAUGUUAUCAGCAUUUCUGAUAAUCAAAUUCUCAAAAUCGAGUACAAAGGCCCGAAUGGGUUUGUAAACACCCAGUAUAUCAUUCACAACGUAAACGGGAAUUUUGUAGAUACCAAUGGGGUUCAAAUAGAUAACAAUAUUUUUCAAAUAAACGGGGAUCCCGCUUCAACUCCUCAAUUCAUGGUCGUUCCCGCUUCUGCUGAACAGUCUGCCAAUUCGAACGACGUUUUCGAUAUCACUUCCAAUUCGUUAGAAAACAGUCACAUUUUUGGCGUUUGCCAAAACGAAAUCGUGACAUCUGGGGACAUUUUCGACGUGUCCCAUGAAGAACUUAUCACUUUUGAUGCCACCAACAAAAAAGACGUACCUCCUGUUGAACCCCAAAACGCUAUUACAAGUUCUAAAGAGACUACUGAAGAGACGUAUCCAACCGAGAAAACAGACAACUCCUUCAAGUCGUCCAUGCUAAGUCCUGUCAGUGAGGAUGAUACUAAUUCAGAAACGGAUUUGACGAGUUUGAAUUGGUUACACAAUAUCACGAAUAUAAUGGCAGUUCCUAAUCUACCAACCCCUCCAAUUUCUCCAAAACCGAAGAAAAAGAGUCAGCCGAGUUCUCAGGAGGACUUGUCGAUCAAUAUUAACUUUUAUAAAAAGAACGGGGACAAAAAACCGCCGUUUUCCUAUGCCACCCUCAUCUGCAUGGCCAUGGGCAAAAACGGUAACAAAAUGACCCUCUCUGCUAUUUAUCACUGGAUACGGGAGAACUUUUUGUAUUACAAAAAAGCAGAUCCAAACUGGCAAAAUUCUAUAAGGCACAAUUUGUCUUUGAACAAAUGUUUCAUAAAGGUGGCGAGGUCAAAGGACGAGCCGGGCAAAGGAGGAUUUUGGAAGUUGGAUUUGGAAAGAUUGGAAGAGUCGAGAAGAUCCAAACGACGAUCCAAUCUAACCGUGAGGGCGCCGAGGUCAAACAGACAGCAAGAACAGGUGGUCAAACCCGCCAGAAAGACUAAAAGAUAUCGAAGUUCCCAAAGGACCGGGGAAAGGAAACACAACAUCCUUUCGAACAUUUCAAUUUACGGUGAAACGGAAAUCGAAAAUAUCAAUUGUUCAAAACCGAACAGAACGAAAAAGGAAAGCAAUAAGUGUUUGGAUAAGUUGAUAAAAUUUUGUGAUAUGGAAGACAACACUACCACCACCACGACGACCAGCACUUGCAACGGGGACGAUGACGAUGCAAAUAAUAAGACUCCCCUAACGACUCCCACCUCAAUGCCCAAUCAAAAUGUAAUUAUCGAACAUAAUCAUAUUUUACCUGAAGACGACUUAACAGGCCUUUUGCUAGCGUCGAAUGGCUGGGACGAUUGCCAAUUGGAAAUGCUGGAUUCUCUGUUGGAUUCCCUUUAAUUAAUUGGGCUUAAAGAUGUAUUGAUGUGUGUAACUCUUCGUCAAAAUAAUGACGAAGGAAGGUAAUAAAUUAUUACUGGGUAAAAGAGUGCAAACGUGAAAGCUAAAGAUUUUUGGCCUGAAAUUUUUUUAACUGUGGGGAUGUAAGGAAAUUGGGGUUUGCAAUAAUUGUGAAAAAUUUUUUACUGUACCUUUUUAUUGAAUGCGUACAUGCGAAUGAGCUUUUUGUCGUAAAAGCAAUAAUGAUGUUAAAAAAAUAUAUUUUCUCUUUUUUCUGACGGUGAGUGGUAAAAUAUUAAAAUUAUUGUUGGAGAUCUUUAUUUGUAAAUAUACAAGGUGCAACGUUAUGUGAAAUUGACUUUUGUAAAGCUUAUUUUUAAUAGUUAAUUUUAUGACUUAAACUCAAAAACCUUCAAUGAACUUUAUGACUUUUCGAAGAAUUUAGAAGAAGUCGUUAAUGGUUGGUAUAAAGUUUCCAAUUCUUUUAGGGACUUCAAACGAUCAAAAAGUUAUCAUUACCUAGUGAUAUUUCAAAAGGUUUAAUUAUAAAUUUAUUGGGAGUGGAUCUCAAGUUAAUGACCUUUUGAAAAAUUUCAAUGAAACGUAAAUGUAUCUUAAGAAAAAGUUAAAUAACAUACCAAAAAGUUUGCACCAUCUUUAAAUGAUCACAAUUUUUUAUUUUUGGUGCUCCUAAUGUUCGUAAAUAAACUUGGCAGUAUUUUGAAAGGUUUUAAUUAGUUCCAAAUUUUUUUUAAGUUAACGCCCGCUUCAUAAAUUAAUUUUCAAAAAAGGACAACUUUAUUUUUAAGGGAAGUUAAAUAGCAUAACUACAAGUUCACAUCAUUUUGGAAGACAUAAAAGAUCAUAAAAGUUUAUUAUUGAUUAGUUCAUUUGAUGCUCAUAAGUAAAUCAUGGCAUUUGGAAGAUUUUGAAUCUCGGGUUUGUGAAUAAAUUUGUGGCCUUUUGGAAAACCUAAACAAGCCAUAAAUUUCUUUUUAAAAGAAACCAAACAUCUUCUGGCUUGAUUUUAAGUGUUAGUAAGCCUGAGCUUCACAUAUAAAUUCGUGAUUUUUUGGAGGAUUGUUUAGAAAUAUAUUAAAACGUUUUGAAAGACUUUAGUGAUCAUAAAUUUAUUUGUAGUGGGUCUAUGAAUCGUUUCAGAAUGUAGCCAAAAGAUUUACAAGUGAGUUUACAAAAGUUUAGAAGCCAUAAAGUGGUCAUACUUAUUGGACCAUGUAAACUAUUA